CAGUACUUGAAAUUCUGCAUUGAAUUGAUUUGUACAUAUACAAUCGUGUAGGUUAUAAGCUGUCACAAUAAAAUCGAAGAAUGUGAUAUUAAAAAAUCGUACUAUUAAAAAAAGAUAUAAAGCGUUAAGAAAUAGAGGUUGAUUGUAUUUUAAUUAAUUUAUACAUUUUGACCGUUGGUUUGAACGGUGAACUGGUUAACCUCUAAGGGUACAUAUUUCUUGGACAAACACAUGCAGUUACUGGAGAUUCAUUUUUCUCUUUGACAUAAUAAUGAAAUACAUUCAUACGUUUGUUAUAUAUAGUGAAACAUUGUGAAAACAGAAUCAACAAUUGGAAAACAUCGUACGAAAUAUUUGUGAAAAAUGUCUGUGAAAAGGAAGCCUGAGACACAAAUCCCAGCCGAAGAGAGUGACCUAUUAUCAAUUAGGCCACUUGGAGCUGGCCAAGAAGUAGGCAGAUCAUGCAUCAUGCUAGAAUUCAAAGGAAAGAAGAUAAUGUUAGAUUGUGGCAUUCAUCCUGGCUUAUCUGGCAUGGACGCACUGCCAUUUGUGGAUUUAGUAGAAGCAGAUGAGAUUGAUCUGCUACUGAUUUCUCAUUUUCAUUUGGAUCAUUGCGGAGCUUUGCCUUGGUUCUUGCAAAAGACAAGUUUCAAGGGAAGAUGCUUCAUGACUCAUGCCACCAAAGCUAUUUAUCGCUGGCUCUUGUCUGAUUACAUCAAAGUAAGCAACAUUGCAACAGAGCAAAUGUUGUAUACUGAAUCUGAUCUGGAGACAAGCAUGGAUAAAAUAGAAACUAUCAACUUCCAUGAAGAAAAAGAUGUCUUUGGAAUCAAAUUUUGGGCCUACAAUGCUGGCCAUGUGUUAGGAGCUGCUAUGUUUAUGAUAGAAAUAGCGGGUGUUAAGAUUUUGUAUACUGGAGACUUCAGUCGUCAAGAGGACAGGCAUUUGAUGGCUGCAGAAAUUCCGAAUAUUCAUCCGGACGUUUUAAUCACUGAAUCUACCUACGGGACGCACAUACAUGAAAAGAGAGAAGAUCGUGAAGGAAGAUUCACAAAUUUAGUCCAUGAAAUUGUUAACAGGGGUGGGAGGUGCUUAAUACCAGUGUUCGCAUUAGGUAGAGCACAAGAACUUCUCCUUAUUUUAGAUGAAUACUGGAGCCAGCAUCCAGAACUUCAUGAAAUUCCCAUAUAUUAUGCUUCCUCAUUAGCGAAGAAGUGCAUGGCCGUUUAUCAAACUUACGUGAACGCGAUGAACGACAAGAUUAGAAGACAGAUAGCUAUUAACAAUCCUUUCGUGUUUAAACAUAUCUCGAAUCUGAAAGGAAUCGAUCAUUUUGAAGAUAUUGGGCCAUGUGUAGUGAUGGCUUCUCCAGGUAUGAUGCAAAGCGGUUUAUCGCGAGAAUUAUUCGAAUCUUGGUGCACUGAUGCUAAAAAUGGAGUCAUAAUUGCUGGUUACUGCGUGGAAGGAACACUAGCGAAAACUAUUUUAUCGGAACCUGAAGAGAUUACAACGAUGAGUGGUCAGAAGUUACCACUGAAGAUGUCCGUCGAUUAUAUAUCAUUCUCAGCGCAUACAGACUAUCAACAAACAUCAGAAUUCAUACGUAUUUUGAAACCACCUCAUGUUGUACUCGUACAUGGAGAACAAAAUGAAAUGGGAAGAUUGAAAGCCGCUUUACAAAGGGAAUACGAAGACGAUCCGAACACAACGAUGGAGAUACACAAUCCUAGAAAUACAGUUGCCGUAGAACUGUAUUUUAGAGGAGAGAAAACAGCAAAAGUAAUGGGAACGUUGGCGAUGGAAACACCAAAAACUGGUCAAACAUUAUCUGGAGUUUUAGUUAAGAGGAACUUCAAUUACCACAUGCUGGCACCUUGCGAUUUAUCCAAGUAUACAGAUAUGAGCAUGAGCCAAGUUAUUCAAAGGCAGAGCGUGCAUUUUUCAGCAGCGUUGCCAGUAUUAAAACAUCUUCUGACACAAAUCGCCGGAAAUCUGGAGAUGAUAGAUGACAAGAAGCUACGUAUUUUUAAGAACGUCGAUGUCACCAUUGAUGGGAAAAUUGUAACUAUCGAAUGGAUUGCAACGCCUGUAAACGACAUGUAUGCAGACUCCGUUUUGACCGCGAUACUGCAAGCCGAAAUGAUGGAACAGCUACCGAAAGUACUGCCUGCGCCCACGAAAAUGGACAGGAUGCAUUUCAAAGAGUGCUUGAUAGAAAUGCUUCAAGAAAUGUUUGGAGAGGAUUCUGUUCCCAAGAUUUUCAAAGGGGAGAAACUAUAUGUGACAGUUGAUGGGAAGAAAGCACAUAUAGAUUUGUUAAAUUUGGAAGUAACUUGUAAAGAGGAUGAGACUUUUCAACAAAUAGUACAAACUGCAGUAACGAAAUUACAUCAGUCACUUGCACCUCCCUGUGAUACAAUCUAAGAGAUAUGUUUGUGUAAUAAAUCGUUAUAUUUAAAAGUUUCAUUGCAUGUGUGAUAGGAAUUUGGAAAGAAAGGACAAGCGAUUUUUAAAUUAAUUGUACAAUUCAAUGGCACAUUAUAGGAUCAUGUGUGCAUUUUAUUAUAAGAAAUCGUUAUAAAGGUCUCCUACAUAUUAUGCUAGAUUUAGGAUAAUCAAUCAUUUUUUAUUUUAACAAUCAUGUCUGUAAAAUAAAAUAAUUUGUUUAUUCCUUCAACGUA